CAAAAAAAAAAAAAAAAAGUUGUUGGCGGUUUCGGUCUGAAUUUUUCUUUUCUUUUCCUUCUUCUAUUCUGCUGUAGGCAGGACCAUCUUCCUUCACCUUAUAUACCUCUUGGAAGAAGAGCACUUACCAUUGUUCUACGUCCAAUCCAGCUGGUACCAUUAUGAUCAAUUGAGUGGUGAGCAGAGCCUUGCAGUGCCACCCCACGUACCAGAGGGCGAGCUGCCCGUUGUUUCUCACCUUUGCUUUCGCCCAUAAUCACCAUCAUUUAUCGAUCGGUUCCUCUUCAUAAUAGCUCGGUUAGGCCGUCCCAUACCGCGUUGUAUCAGUUCUAGACAACAGACAGCAGAUCCUAGACAGCACAAUGGAGCCCGUACACUACCCGCCCUCGACGGCGCGGUUAAUCGACGCCGACGAUGACAGCCUCAUGUGCCUCGACCUCGAGGACCAGUCUUCCUACCAGGGCUAUAGUUUCGGUGCUAAGAAGAGCAUCGCUGGUGAAUUGGUCUUCCAGACUGGCAUGGUCGGCUACCCAGAGUCCAUAACAGACCCUUCCUACCGCGGCCAAAUCCUUGUCAUCACCUUUCCCCUGGUGGGAAACUAUGGUGUGCCCUCCCGAGAGACCAUGGAUGAGCUGUUGCGCGACCGCCCUGCUCACUUCGAAUCCUCCGAGAUACAUAUUGCAGGUCUCGUUGUAUCUUCGUACGCCGGAGAGGACUACUCGCACUUUCUAGCGACUUCCUCCCUCGGAACAUGGCUCAAAGAACAAGGUGUGCCGGCCAUGUAUGGUGUUGACACUAGAGCCCUGACAGAGCGAAUUCGCCAGGAAGGUAGCAUGCUUGGUCGUAUGCUCCUUCAGAAACAGCAAUUGACAAAUGGGUCUGAUGCUGUUAACGGAGACGAAACUAGUCUGUUGACCGGCAAAAAUUGGAGACCAUACUUCGAGGCUGUUGACUGGGUCAACCCUAAUACGAAGAAUCUGGUAGCUGAGGUCUCUAUCAAAAAGGUCCAGCUUUACCAACCAACUCCUGAAACUGCACUUAAGCAUCCCUCUGGGCGCACUCUUCGUGUGCUCUGCCUCGACGUCGGUAUGAAGAAUAAUCAACUACGAUGCUUCCUGAAUAGGGGUGUUGAAGUCAAGGUCUGUCCUUGGGAUUAUGAUUUCUCUCACGAGAAAGACUACGAUGGUCUGUUCAUAUCCAACGGUCCCGGUGACCCUGCAGUCUUGCGCGAGACUACUGUUAGGAAUAUCGCCGAGACGUUAAAGCUUAAUCGUACGCCCGUGUUCGGUAUUUGUCUUGGUCACCAGCUGCUCGCCCAGGCUGCCGGAGCCAGUACCGAGAAGAUGAAGUUCGGUAACCGUGGGCACAACAUUCCUUGCACGAGUAUGAUCACGGGCAAGUGUCACAUUACUUCACAGAAUCACGGUUUCGCCGUCAGUGCCCCAACCCUUCCCGAAAACGAGUGGAAAGAGCUAUUUGUAAACGCCAACGACGGUAGCAACGAGGGUAUCAUGCACAUCAGCAAGCCCUACUUCAGUGUGCAAUUUCAUCCUGAGAGCACGCCUGGCCCUCGCGAUACGGAGUACCUAUUCGAUGUGUUCAUAAGCACAAUUGUCAACUGCGCACAGAACUCUGAGCUUCUUAGCUCGCCUGUAAGCUUCCCUGGUGGUACUUACGAAGAGAACGAGAAGCUCCACCCUCGAGUUCACGUCAAGAAGGUACUUGUCCUUGGUAGUGGCGGCCUGAGCAUUGGCCAGGCUGGAGAGUUUGACUAUUCCGGUAGUCAAGCCAUCAAAGCUUUGAAAGAAGAAGGCAUCUAUACCGUCCUCAUCAACCCAAACAUUGCAACAAUUCAAACCUCCAAAGGUCUCGCCGACAAGGUAUACUUCCUGCCAGUAACAGCUGAUUUCGUGCGCAAAGUUAUCAUCCACGAACGGCCGGACGCCAUUUACGUUACCUUUGGCGGUCAGACAGCUUUGCAAGUAGGUAUUCAACUUAAAGAUGAGUUCGAGGGGCUCGGAGUUCAAGUCCUUGGUACUCCUAUUGACACCAUAAUCACAACGGAAGACCGGGAGCUUUUUGCCCGGAGUAUGGACUCCAUUGGCGAGAAAUGUGCUAAGUCUGCCUCCGCUAGUAGCGUGGACGAGGCUAUGCGUGUUGUCAAAGACAUUGGUUUCCCUGUUAUCGUCAGAGCUGCGUAUGCACUGGGUGGACUGGGAAGUGGCUUUGCGAAUAACGAAGCUGAGCUUCUCGAUCUCUGCAAUAAAGCUCUAGCUGUCAGCCCACAAGUUCUUAUCGAGAGGAGUAUGAAGGGUUGGAAAGAAAUCGAAUACGAAGUCGUCCGAGAUGCUCAGGAUAACUGCAUCACGGUCUGUAACAUGGAAAAUUUCGAUCCGCUCGGUAUUCACACGGGUGACUCUAUCGUCGUUGCCCCGUCCCAGACUCUCUCUGAUGAAGAUUAUAAUAUGUUGCGAACAACAGCUGUCAACGUCAUUCGUCACCUUGGAGUGGUUGGAGAAUGCAACAUUCAAUACGCUCUAAACCCUUUCUCUCGCGAGUACUGCAUCAUCGAGGUCAACGCCCGUCUAUCACGUUCAUCUGCGUUAGCCUCGAAAGCUACAGGCUAUCCUCUAGCAUUCAUUGCAGCAAAGCUUGGUCUUGGCAUCCCGUUGAAGGACAUCAAGAAUGCAGUCACGAAAGUCACAUGUGCCUGCUUCGAGCCUUCACUAGACUACGUUGUUGUUAAGAUGCCCCGAUGGGAUCUUAAGAAAUUUGUCCGAGUCUCCACCCAGCUUGGUUCCUCAAUGAAGAGUGUAGGUGAAGUUAUGAGUAUCGGAAGAACUUUUGAAGAGGCGAUCCAGAAAGCAAUUCGGGCAAUCGAUUUUCACAAUCUAGGAUUUGGAGAGACCAAAGCCCUUAUGUCCAUCGACGACGAAUUGCAAACACCGUCUGAUCAACGUUUGUUCGCUAUUGCCAAUGCUAUGCAUGCCGGCUAUUCAGUGGACAGAAUCUGGGAGUUAACCAAGAUUGAUAAGUGGUUCCUCCACAAGCUGAUGGGCCUGAAUAACUUUGGUAAAUUGAUGACAAGCUACAACACUGCACAAAUCUCUAAGCGCCCAGACCUUCUGCUUCAAGGCAAAAGACUUGGCUUUAGUGACCGUCAAUUAGCUAAGUUCUGGGAUUCCAACGAGCUAGCUGUUAGACGCAUGAGAUACGAGGCUGGCAUUACACCAUUCGUUAAGCAGAUCGAUACGGUGGCUGCCGAGUUUCCUGCAUACACUAACUACCUCUAUCUCACUUACAAUGCAUCAGAACAUGACAUCAGCUUCAACGAUCAUGGUGUAAUGGUCCUGGGCUCAGGUGUCUACCGAAUUGGAUCGUCUGUCGAGUUUGAUUGGUGUUCCGUGCGCGCUAUCCGCACUCUGCGUGAAUCUGGCUUCAAGACUAUCAUGGUUAACUACAACCCCGAGACUGUCAGCACUGACUAUGAUGAAGCCGAUCGCUUGUACUUCGAGAACAUCAGCCUGGAAACUAUUCUUGACAUCUACCAGAUGGAAUCGGCAAGCGGAGUGCUCGGUGCCAUGGGUGGCCAGACUCCGAACAACAUCGCUCUACCUCUGCUACGUGCCGGUAUUAAGGUUCUCGGAACGUCACCAGAGAUGAUUGACCGCGCCGAAAACCGAUACAAGUUCUCACGCAUGCUUGACGAGAUUGGUGUCGAUCAGCCAACCUGGAAGGAGCUCACCAGUUUCGAGGAUGCUAAGGCAUUCUGUCAGAAGGUUUCAUACCCUGUACUGGUUCGGCCGUCAUAUGUCCUGUCUGGUGCAGCCAUGAACACAGUUUACUCGGAAGCAGAUCUUGAGUUGUAUCUUCAGCAAGCCGCUGAUGUCUCUCGAGAACACCCAGUCGUCAUUACCAAAUACAUUGAAAAUGCCAAGGAGAUUGAGAUGGAUGCUGUAGCCAAAGAUGGUACCGUUGUAGGGCACUUCAUUUCGGAACAUGUCGAGAACGCUGGUGUACACUCGGGCGAUGCGACUCUCAUCUUACCGCCGCAAGAUCUUGAAGAGACAACUAUCAAACGUAUCGAGGAGGCCACAAGAAAAAUUGGCGCCAAACUCAACGUUACGGGCCCUUUCAAUAUUCAGUUCAUCGCCAAGGAUAACGACAUUAAGGUCAUCGAAUGCAACGUUCGAGCAUCUCGUUCGUUCCCUUUUGUGUCAAAGGUCAUGGGAGUUGAUCUCAUUGAAAUGGCGACCAAGGCAAUUAUGGGGGUGCCUUUCACAGAAUACCCGCCAACGAACCUCUCUCCUGGCUCUGUAGGAGUUAAGGUUCCGCAAUUCAGUUUCUCUAGACUUUCUGGCGCAGAUCCUGUUCUUGGCGUGGAAAUGGCCUCUACUGGUGAAGUCGCUUGUUUCGGAAGAGAUAAGUAUGAGGCGUAUCUUAAGGCAUUGAUGUCGACUGGUUUUAAGAUCCCAAAGAGCAACAUCCUUUUGUCAAUCGGUUCAUACAGGGACAAGAAAGAGAUGCUGCCUUCUGUGGAAAGGCUUCAGAAGCUCGGUUACAAGCUUUACGCCACCGCUGGUACGGCUGAUUUCUAUCAGGACCAUGGUAUUCCCGUCCAAUUCUUGGAAGCACUCGGGAAGGAGACUGAUGACCAGAGGUCUGAGUUCUCUUUGACGCAGCACUUGUCAAACAACAUGAUCAACCUCUACAUCAACCUACCAUCCAAUAACAAGUAUCGUCGACCGGCAAACUACAUGAGCAGAGGGUACCAGACACGCCGAAUGGCUGUGGACUAUCAGAUUCCCCUGGUGACGAAUGUUAAGAACGCUAAGAUCCUGAUUGAAGCGAUCGCUAGACACUUCGAUUUGGAAGUCGCCAAUCGUGACUAUCAGACCAGCCAUCGCUCAAUCGUUCUCCCAGGUCUGAUCAAUAUCGCUGCUUUCGUACCGGGUAUUGUAUCUCCAGAUAGCCACGAUCUGCAGGCAGUCACAAAGGCCUCUAUUGCCUCCGGCUUUAGCAUGGUUCGUGUCAUGCCUAUGGGGUUGGAUGGAUCCAUUACCGAUGCCAGGACGCUCAAGCUUGCCCAGCUCAACAGCAAACGUGGAGGCUACUGUGACUACAACUUCUCUAUCUCGGCAACUUCUGAAAAUGCCAACCAGAUUAGUCAGGUUACUGGUGAAGUUGGGUCACUCUUCAUCCCAUUCAACCAUCUCUCAGACAAUAUUAGCAAAGUCGCUGCUGUCACUGCCCAUUUCGAUUCGUGGCCUACACAUAAACCGAUAGUCACUGAUGCAAAGACAACUGAUCUUGCAUCCAUUCUCUUGCUUGCAAGUCUUCACAAUCGGCGUAUCCACGUCACUAGUGUGACUUCAAGAGAUGAUAUCCGACUCAUCUCUCUUAGCAAGCAGAAGGGUUUGAGUGUUACCUGCGAUGUCUCAAUCUAUUCUCUGUACCUGUCACGCAAGGACUACCCAGACUGCCAGUUUCUUCCUGAGUUGAGUGACCAAGAGGCUUUAUGGGAACACUUGGCUACUAUUGAUGUGUUCUCAAUCGGUAGCGUCCCAUUCCAGUUGGCACGUGCCUUGCACCCUGAUGACCAGACCUUCAAGCCAGAUCCUGCUGUUGGUAUCGCUGAAGCUCUUCCACUGCUUCUCACAUCCGUUGUCGACGGCAAGUUAACUAUCGACGAUAUCAAAGCGCGACUAUAUGAUAACCCCAAACGAAUCUUCGAGCUUCAUGAACAAGUGGGCGCAUCAGUCGAAGUUGAGUUGGAACGCACAUACACGGUGCCAAAAUCUGCUUCAUGGUCUCCGUUUGCUGGAAAGGUUAUGCGUGGAGCAGUACAACGAGUUACUUUCGCCGAGAAGACAGUAUGUCUCGAUGGAGGCGUUCUUCCAUUGUCGCCGCUCGGCAAGGACAUGUCUACACACAACAGCCUGCCUGCACCCUCAUCACCGGCUCUGGUGUCCACACCUCAGGUAGCUCCGUUCCCUGUAGAUGCUCUCAGCCCUCGACAGCCAUCGCAGCUCAGUAAAGGAGCACGCCUGUAUGACGGUGAAUUUGAUUCUCUGCGGCCUGCUGCCAAACUUGCGACUCCCGCCGAUGAGUUCAGUCUUCCAGGGCCGGCACGUUCACCGCUCGUGAACUCACUCCAUAACCUUUUGUCACGGCCAUCUAUUUUCAAGAACGCACACGUCCUUUCCGUGAAGGAUUACUCCAGAUCCGAUCUUCAUCUUCUCUUCACGGUAGCCCAGGAGAUGCGUCUAGGUGUGGACCGAGAAGGUGUGCUCGACACGCUCCGUGGUCGUGUGCUAUGCUCUCUGUUCUACGAACCUUCAACACGUACGUCCGCCUCAUUCGAUGCUGCCAUGCAACGUCUAGGUGGUAGAACAGUUGUUAUCGCCACCUCACAGUCAUCGAUACAGAAGGGAGAAUCAUUGCAAGAUACUCUAAGAACCCUUGAGUGCUACGGUGACGCUGUUGUGCUUCGUCACCCCGAAGAAAGCUCGGUCGAAGUUGCCAAGAGAUAUAGCAAGGUCCCUAUAAUCAAUGGGGGCAAUGGAAGCGCAGAACACCCUACCCAGGCCUUCCUCGAUUUGUUCACUAUCCGGGAAGAACUGGGUACCGUCAAGGGCUUGACCAUCACCUUUGUUGGAGACCUCUUAUACGGACGAACUGUUCAUUCGUUGGUCUACUUGCUCCGACACUAUCAAGUGUCAGUGCAGCUUGUCUCGCCUAAGUCGCUUUCCCUUCCGGGCGAUGUUCGCCAGGUCCUCAAAGAGUCAGGCCAGUUACUAUGCGAGUCGGAGGAUCUCAGCCCUGAAAUUCUCGCCAGGAGCGACGUGCUGUACUGCACGCGCAUUCAAAAGGAGCGCUUCCCGAGUGUCGAAGAAUACGAGAAGGUCAAGAAUGUGUACCGCAUUGACAACGCUACCCUGAAGCAUGCUAAGCAGCACACAAGAGUGUUGCACCCGCUUCCCAGGAACGAGGAGGUGGCGGAGGAAGUGGAUUUCGACAAUAGAGCGGCGUAUUUCAGACAGAUGAGAUAUGGACUUUACUGCCGCAUGGCUUUGUUGGCAUUAGUGAUGUCUUAACAUAAAACAGUUUUGCUUAGUGACGUGUCCUUCACUACCUUCGGACUUACAAACUAUCGACAUUCUUUUCUUUCAUCUUCUCUUCAUCAUCGGGUAUUAGUAUGGGCAGGGUGUAAAAAAAGAAAAGUAUUAGAAAC